AUGAGAAGAGCUUCAUCAGACUCACAAAACAACAGACUAACGAUAAGCUUGAAUAGUUUGAAGGAAUUCAAAUCAGAGGAUACAUCACGGAAUGAAAAUUUCUUAUCUUCUAAACAUCAAAUUUUUAAACCUCAAAGUGCAUCUAUGCACAGACCUAUGAGGCAAACUGUAACUAGGGAUCUUUCUUCAUCAAUUCCAAGACCAAAAACAACUGCUGCCUCUUUUUCCAGUUUAUCAAAUAUUAAUGUACAAAGCAAACAAUCUCCCUUAGGAACACUGACAUCAAGAAGAGCAGAUUCAAAAAGCAGUACAAUUGAUGAUACAGGAUCGUUAAAGCGAAAUCACAAACCACCUUUAAUUAUCAAUGUGUAUCCAUCUCUCCCUAACCGUUUUACUUAUGAAUCGGAUGACCUGGCACACUACUUGAAUGUCCUUAAAGCCUGCAAGCAACCACUUUAUCCAAUCACCAAUCAAGAACAAGAAAAGAGGAAGCAAAUUUACUCGACACUUGCUUUUAUCAUGUCUGCUUUCCAAUACCAUGAUAAAAUUGUUCAUUCAUCUGUCGAACCAGACGAGCAUAGUAUUCAAAAUGUAUCAUAUGGACAUCCUCAAGAUCUAUUUCAAGUUUGUUGUUAUUUGUUGAGGGAAAACCUAAGUUAUACUAGUGAAAUAGACCAUUUGAAAUCUCAAAUGAUUGAAAAGGACAGAAAAAUUGAGGAAUUUCAUAAGAAAUAUGAAUCUAAGAAUGAUCAUGAUUUGGUAAAGUUAAAUCCUUCCCAAAACGACUUGAACAAUCUGCAGGAAUCUGUAUCCAAACUGGAACAAGAUAUUUACCAUCAUGAUCCAAUAUUGUACAAAGAAAUAAUUGAAAAAACCGAGGAAGAAGAUCUGUUACAAAGUGUUGGUCCAGAAACCAUUAAAGACCAAUUUCUCAACACCAAAGAUGCGGUGCCAAGACUUCCAUCCCUUAUAAGAAAUUCCGAUAACACUAAAUCUUUCCAAAAGAAGAAAAAGCUAACAAAGGAAGAAUCCCAUACCGAAAAGUAUACUAAAUGUCUACAAUACAAGAUGAAAUUGUUGGAAAAUCUUAUAUUUGUAUUGAAGAAGAAGGUUCAAAGAUAUGAACAAUCUGAUUCAGACAUCAGAAAACUAGUUAAGAAUUGGGGAACCUUACCUGAGCUGCUGAAGGAGAAUGAAACGAUGAAAAAGGAGCUCAAUUUUUACAAUUGGGUUACUCAGAGGUUUGAUACAGAAUUGUUGUUGAAACACAAGUAUUUGUAUUUGGAUGACGUGUACAUGCUUCGUUCCGUCAUAUUUGCCUUGCAAAAUGAGUUAUAUGUUGCUCAAAUUGGGUUAUCCAAGUACAAUGAAAUUCAAAACAAAAUUCUCAAGAUAAUGACGACAGAGAGACCAGAAGAAAUGACUAACAAACACAACACACUAGAGUAUUUAAUGACAGAACUGUUUAUGACAGACAAACAAAAGUUUGAAUAUGAAAAGAAGAAAGAGGCCAAAAGAAUGGUAGCAGAGGAAAAUAACAAGAGUUCAGUUAAGGAAGAAACUGAACCAUCAUUAAUAGAACUUAAAAAUACGCUGAGAUCUUUGGAACACGAGAACAAAUUUUUGACAAACCAAGUCUCAAGAUUGGAAUUCCAAGUGUCUGAUCUAAAUAGUGCCAUGGAGCUUUUAAGAGAAGAUGUGACAGGAGAGAGAAAGGUAGAAAUUAAGGAAAGAGAAACGAUGAUAAGAAAAUUAAGUGGAAGAAUUGAUCAGCUUAAUAAGACAGCCUCUGAAAGAGAAGUGUACUUCCUGUUCCAACAACAAUUGGUUCAAGAGUUGACAGAGAAAAGGGAUAAAUUAUUUGAUGAAAAUUCCCAAACAAAUGAAAGACUCAUCAAUGCUAGGAAUAAUGUUGUUUCAUUAAGAAGUAAACUAGAUCAUCAAUCAAAAGGACUUCAAGUAAUGUUCCAAAUUACAUCAUCACUACUUCACUUUUUCAUGAAAUCUAAUGGGAAAAAACUUCCAGAGAAACUCUCUCCUCAGAACAAUGUUAAAAUUAUGUUUGGGGAUGUUUUCUCGGCUUAUUUGAUUCAAAUGAACGCAUGUGUUAGAAUUCAAUCUUGGUUUAGAGGAAUCCAAAAACGAAAAAGAUUACUGCAGUCUGAGAAACAUUCUUCAUUUGUUCGAAAGAUGUUAACAAAACGAAAAUCUAUGGAUAGAUGGAGACCUGUUGAAGCUAAAAGCACUACUGAACCACCUUUAUUCUCAGUUUUUACAGACUUUUUGAAAGUCAUCUCUACAAGCUCUCAACAAUCUACUGAGAUGUUACAACAAACGAAUGGAUUGAUACAUGCUUUCAAACACGAAAUUGUUGGAAGAUUUAAAUCAAAGAUUCAAGAAGAACUCGAGCAAUGUCGAAAGGAAACAAUUGAAACAAGUGAACAGCUUCUUUCAACUCUUAGAGAAGUUGUUCUCAAACCUAAGAGUGAGAGAGCAUGUCAAACAGAGAAGAUUGAAUUGAAGAGUAGAGGGAAUGGUGUAUCCACCAACAGAAUUACAUUUUUCAUCACAGCCUGGAUACUGUUUAAAAUACUUCUCCUAGGCCAAGUGUUUAGUGAUCCUCUGCCUGAUCAUCCUCUUCAAUCGCUUGACUUUUCCGAAGCUUAUCCAUACAUUCAACAUAUAGAUUCGUACAUUCAAUACAAAACACAAUUACAGCAAUUCCCAAACAUGUUAUUAUUUAUUUAUCUUCCGUGGGAUAGUAUAGCUUUGUAUGGAGUUAGAAAAUCUAUUUUAGAGCUUUUCAGACAAUAUCAAUUGGCAGGAAAUUUAUUUCAAGAAUACAACAACACAACGAUAUAUGGAUUUAUUAAUAAGAAUGAUAGAAAAUCAAACGGAAUUGAUACAGAGGAGAGAUUUAUUAUCCGAGCAAUUAAUUAUUUUAAUAUUGUAGACAAGGAUAUGAAAGAAAAAAUUGUUAUUUUAACAUCACCUCAACUUAGAUUUAUUUUGAAUGGAAACCAAGAAAAGUACUUCUUCUACAGCCACUAUUCUUCAUUUUUGAUGGAUAGAUUUAUUACAUUGUCAUUACACAGGAAACCUUUAGGAUUUAACGACUACAUUAAUGAUAACACUACAUUGAUUCAUAAUGAAGUUUGUCUAGGAGAUGAAAGGAAUAUGGAUUAUGUGAAUCAAGCAAUGGAAAAUAUUCUUGUGGAUGAACACCUUUUGAUAGGAUACUUUUAUGAUGGAUCAGAUCAUGUAAAUAAUCAUAACUACUAUCUUCAAAAAUACUAUAACAUUACAUUCAAUUAUGUACAACCAUUGCGAGUGAAAUUUGUAAUUCUAAAGAGUGAAAGUGAAUACAAGAGUUAUUUCUCUUGCCAUACCAUGUUGAAAAGUGCCAUUACAAAUUUUCAAAAAUCACAAGUACUACUCUACAAGUAUGUCAAGAACGAAUUUGAGACAUUUGAUGGGGAAUCGAGGUUAAUAACAGAUUGGUUGAUUGAAAAAUAUGAACCCUUAGUAGGAGAGUUACAAUCACAAAGUUCUUCAACAUUUUUAAAACAAGAAGAGACUGUUAUUCUAUUUUUGGAGGAUAGGAAUGAUUUACUUAUAUCAAAAUUAAAGCACUUGUCAUACGAAAUUUACAAGCAAUCAGGAAAGCAACCACAUAUUUCAUUUGUUGAAAAAGAAUUUGGAAGAAACCUGUUUAGAUCCCACAUCAAAGUAAAAAAUGGAAAAGAAUUGACAGUUUUCAAUUUUGAUGAAUAUGUAAAAUUCCCAUCCCUUAUGAUUAAUAUUAACAAUACCAUUUACUUUUUAGACAAGUGUAUUAAUGGAAAGUUUGAGGAUCAAGAUAUUUUGUUAAAAUGCUAUACAAGAGCACAAAGUCUGGAAUCUCAUAUUCAACCCUAUCAAUGA